UGAAUCGCAAAGCAGAAAAGCGAGAACCAUGGCGGCGGUCUUGUUGGCGAGAUUGUACUUUCGCUGUGUGGUACGCUUUUCUGACCGAGAGUACAAAGGUUGAAGGAAUAAUACUGUGGAAAUUGAAACAGGAAAAAAAAUGAGUCACUCCAGUGAAUCCAGUGAAUCAGAUGAUGGUGGAGACGAUCAAGAAGGGUCUUCUUUUUCGGAAACAAACAUUGAGGAUGCUCUAACGUCUUUCAGAGAGCAAUGGCAACGUGAAUUAGAAAUAUCACCAAAACGGGAUCGAUCAAAAACUCAAUCUACAAAAACAGUUAAAGUUGAUGUUUCUAAUGAUGAAGAAUCUAUUGAAAGCAAGGCAAAAAAUUUAUUUUUGAAAGGAAUUGAAUAUGAGGAAAGAAGGAAGUUCUAUGAAGCAAUUCAGUUCUAUAAACGUGCUGUGUUAUUAGUUCCUGAUAUUGAAUUUCGUUUAUAUGAAUCAACUAAAGUAAAAACAAAUGAUGAUAGUCAUGAAGGAUUUGAUAAUGACAUAAAUAAUAUUGAUGACAAUGUUGAAAACCAUAAUGAAGAAGAUGAAGAAGAAAGUGAUUUAUAUGUUAAAUUAUGCAAAAUCAUAAAUCAAAAUAAAUGCGUUUGUUUUCCUAAAUUUGAACAAACUACAACACAUAUUUCUGCCUUGCCUAUGGAAAUAGUAUUAUAUAUUCUAAGAUGGGUUGUAUCCUCAGAACUUGACUUAAGAUCUCUUGAAAUGUUCUCCAGAGUAUGUCGCGGAUUUUACAUAUCUGCAAGAGAUACAGAAAUCUGGAGACUUGCUUGUAUUAGAGUAUGGGGUGUAAAUUGUGGAACUUAUACUCCAAAAUAUCAAUCAUGGAGAGACAUGUACUUGCAACGGCCUAGACUGAGAUAUAAUGGAUGUUAUAUUAGUAAAACCAGUUACAUUCGUGAUGGUGAAAAUAGUUUCCAAGAUCGAUUUUAUAGACCUUGGCAUCUGGUAGAAUACUUCAGGUACCUGAGAUUUUUUCCGGAAGGAAGAGUUUUGAUGCUAACUUCAACUGAUGAGGCCCAAAGUUGCGUAAAUUCUUUAAAAUAUCGCACUCCGCGCAAUUCAUCGGUUCUUAUUGGUCAUUAUAGAUUACAUGAUAAUUGCGUCAUUUUAAUGCUCAAAAAACAAGAAAUAAAAGGAGUUAGUACAUACAGAAAAAAGAAAAAAGAAACUAUGCAUGAUAGUGGGGAACAAACAUUUCAUAUUGAAUUUGAAAUUCAGGAUCACCAUAGACGGUUAAAUUCGCAAUUGAAGUGGUUAAGUUAUACGAUAUUUACAAAGUAUAGAAAUGGCCAUGAAGCGAAAAUGUGUUUAAAAGAACCAUCUGUAAGAGAAUGGAGAGUAUCAGCUAUUGGUGGACGAUAUCCAUCACUUAAAUUUAGCAGAGUUAAAAGUUAUACUCAAGAAAGUGAAGCUCCUUUACAGUAAUUGUAAUUAAAUAUAAAUUUGGUGGUUUUGAUUAUGUAAAAAUACGUAAUGAAAUGAAAAUUUAAGAGAAGACUAUAUUCUUCAAACAAAACGUUAAAAGUUGUACAAAUACACUCUUGAUGUACAUUGCAAAUACGCACGUUAAUGUUACAUUCUUCUGCUUAUAAAAAUGUAUUCUAAAUAUAUCACAAUGAAAAAAAUUUUAUUCUUAAGUCAUUAUCGAGAUAAUUUUUAUCAAUAAUAUCUAAUUCUUGCGUUACAGUUUUCUCUUAAAUUUUAUCAUCUACAUUAUUUUUCAUAUAGAUAAUGCGUGAAUGAUUCAUAGAUUUAAUAUAUUGUUUAUUAUGCACUUAUAUAUGGUGCCUUAUGUGCUUUUAACAUAGGUGCUUUUAUUUCAAAAUAUAUUAUUUUCGUUUUUUAUUUAUUUAUUAUUUAUCAACUUUUCAAUAGAAAUAAGAUAAAAAAUAAACAAUUUCAACGCAAUAGAUAUAUGUAUAAUUAGUUUUGAUCAAACUUUAUAAAGAAUAUAAAAUUUCUUUAUAAAGAUAUACAAUUUAUCUCGAUGAUCAGAUCCGCAAGGAUACAAUUGUAAAAAAAUAUAUUUAUCUAGCAUUUAUAUUAUCUAUUAAUAAUUUUUUCAUUCAAAUAAAAUAUUUUUUUUAAGAUAUUCUUGUGGUUCUGCUCUUUUUUAAUUUCAUGUAAAAUAAAUUUGUCAUAACAUAUACAUUUAAUCAAAUAUAUCGAAGAAAUAAUUCAAUCAAAUUUAUUUUUUAAAAUUUAUUUUGUAAAAUUUAUCGAUUGUGAAUAACAGAUCAAUUUAUGCACCUGUGUGUGUAAUUUCAAAUGUGAAAAUGAAUGAAUCUAUCAUACACUUCUAUACUUUGAUUCCUUUAUAUAUAUAUAGGCAAUGAAUUUAUGUAUGAAUACUUGAAACCCCUAUGGAAUUAAAUGAAUUCUAAUCAAUAUUUUGGAACAGUUUUAUUCGUUUUUACGAAUGGUAUUGAUAUUGUAAAAUGAUGUGUAUUCAAAUCAAAGAAACGAAUGUCUGGGAACACAUCUUGUAAAUUACUAUGGAUCUUUAAGUCUUAUAAUCAAUAAUAAACGUAUUUUUGAUGUGCUUA